CAGGUGGAUUUUCUAGUCCCUUUUUAACCUUCCUAGGCCAGAAGACACUUUUGGGAAUGUAUGUUUAAAAACCUCCCCUGGGUCCUACAGUUCGCCCACUCUCUCUAGGAGUUGCAAAGCUUCAAUUGCUGGUAGCCCCAGCAACGGUCUGACCAGAGAGUCUAUGACGAAGACAGGCUGGAUGGCACUUUUGUCUUUACUCUCCAGUUUACUCACCAACUGCCCUACCACUGGUAAUAUCUUAUUACUGGGCCCGUACAUUUUUUUAGUUUGUAGAGAGCAAAGGGCCAUCGCUACUAUAGCUAUACAGCCUAGUUGGUAUUGCUGUCACUGCUGCCCCUGUGUCUAGUUUAAAUGACACAACCUCCCCAUUGAGAUUAAUGUCUGAGUGCCAGCCAGCAUCGUUUUCCCUUACUGCUCCCUGAAAGAUGCUGUCCUGCCAUAGCUGCUGUUCCUCCUCUGAGACCUCAUGCAUUUGCUUUGAUCAACAGACAGCUGAAAAGUGUCCUCUCCUGUGACAUUUCCUGCAUUCCGCAUCCUUUGCUGGGAAAUCUAUCCAGCUGUGGAAAGGAGAUUUCCCACGUUUGCGACAAACACUUGAACUAGCUACUGGCGCUGUCUAUGGUGGUUUUCUACAAGUCUGUCUCUGUUCGGUGUUCCCCUGUUUUUUUUAGCUCGGUAUGAAAACACAUUUGUUUCCUCACUUUCUUCGCUCUGCAAGGAGCUGCUGCGGCGCAGCACGUCUGCUGUCUUUUUACUGACUCACUCUUCCUAAUCUGGUUUACAGCUUUGGACAAGGUAGGCUGGGAAACUAACUAACUUUUCAGAAAGUGAGAUAUUUCUUAUUCCCACCUCAAUCCAAUCUCGGAUCAGCAUUUCCCUGACAUCGCCAAACUGACAGUUUUCCGCUGGCUUGUGAACAGCUGUGAUAAAACUGUUGUUGUUUUCACCCUGCUCCUGCUUGCACACAUUAAACCUAGCUCUCUCAAAUAUAAUGAGGCCCCCAUUUUAUAAGCCAUAUAUAAUUAUUAUUUUGCGAGAAAAAAAAACUAAGUUAGACAGGCCCACUGGGCUAAAAUGGACCAGCACAUCUGGCAUUUGCCCAGAAUUCCAUUGCACCAUUUCUGGGAAUUAGAAUGCCAUAUAGCCAUGCAGGUAACACAUAACAGUAGCCCUUCUACAUUUGAUUUGCAUUGGGUUUUCAGAAGGCUACCUGCUUUGCAUGAAGCUGGGAGAACGCACAAACACAGGUUACAAAGAUAUCUUUAGUGGUUUUCUUCGUUUUUUUAAUCACAUAUAUUUGAUUUCUCAUGAAGCAUAUGUCAGUGGGUAAUUUACUGUAGCCGUCUCUUUAGUGCAGUCCAUGUCCAGUGCAAAUACAAUGAACUGGGUACCAAAUCAAAUGUACUGCAAAUUAUUGUUACAAAUGUGAACUUAAUAUGCAAACAGACAUGUACAUUCAAUCAAGCAAUUUAGAUGCACUGUAUUUCUGAACUACACUGUAGUAAGUCCACUGUAAUACAUUCGGCCUAAUGGUCAAUGUUUUUUAAUGUAGAGGGAGAUGUUGGAACUGAAGUUUUAGAAUCACCUGGGUGUGUUCACCUGGUCAGCAGAGAGGGAGGAGAGAAAUACACCUCUAUAAACUCCUCUCUUUCCCCUGUCUCCACAUCCAUCUCACCAAAUCUGGGGAGGUAAAGAAGACAGCUAACUGGUGGCAAUGAUACAGGAAAUACUUCUACUCCUGCUGCUGGCAGUCAGGGCCUCACCCGUGUUGAUGGCUGAGGUGUCAGUACUGGAGGGAAGCUCUGUGACCCUUCUCUGCGGAUACUCUGUGAAGGAUCACGGGUAUGACACACGCUGGGGCAGAAACUGUUAUGACAAAUUCUGGGGUGAAUGUGGAUGUUCUAAACCCAGAGUGAUCAAGAAAGCUGCCAUCUCACCUAAUGACCCCAAAAAAUACAGCCUCAGCGGGGAAAAACUCACCAUUUCCAACCUUCAGUUGAAGGACAGGGGGAGUUACUGCUGUUGUGUAGAUAUCACAAGUGUAUUUUCCCAAGACUGUACAGAAUAUUACAAUCUAAAGGUAGUAAAAGGUUGUGAGAGGAACCUAAUGAAAGGAGUGGAUUUUGGGAUAAAUAAUAUGUUUCAAUCGCCGCCAUUCGUAACUAAUGCAAGUCAGUGCAGGCAGAAAUGCACCGAACAUUACAAUUGCCAGUACUUCACAUUUGUUUGGAAAGAAGCAGGAAUAAAUAACCAAAAUAACAGACACUUAUGUUUUCUGAUGGCCUCAACUGAUGAUAUGCCUGUCACAAUACAAUACCUUGAACAUGCAACCUCAGGCUACUCCCUGAAAAACUGCAGUGGUAUCAUCACCUACUCAGCCAAAAAGUACAGCCUGGUCCUUGAGGAGAAAAACUGGACCGAAGCACAAGAGUACUGCAGACAACACUACACAAACCUGUCCAUCAUACACACAGAAGAGGAUUGGAAGGCAAUUCAAUCUUCUUUGGGUAAUUUCAUCGGUGAUGUGUGGAUUGGGCUCCAUAGGUCUGGUCCAACUGAAAAGUGGAAGUGGUCUGAUGGAGAGGACUUCAUGUUCUUUAACUGGGAAAAGGGUUUUGGUGUCCACACCGUGGGUCAUGACUGUGUCUUGUCUAUUUCAUCUCACUGGCAACCAGUCUCUUGUGCAACUCAAAGACAGUAUAUGUGUCAACGAGAAGUUCAUCAUGGUAAUGGAACAACAGAGAAGGUGUAUGAUCUGAUGCCAGGGACAAAGACGCAGCAGGAUGCUCUGAAAGACUGCAGGAGCAAAAGCAGAGAUCUGGCGAGUAUCCUGAACCAGAAAGAACAGGAAGCCUUUGAUGAGGUGACUGAAGGGGAAACCUGGAUUGGACUUGAGCACAACAACAGCAACACACUAUGGGAAUGGUCAAAUGGAGAACCAUUUCAGCAAUGGGAAAACACCAGGGUAGAUGGAAACUGUGUACAGCUGAACAGAAAAUGGAGACCAAAAGAUUGCUCUCGUCAAAGUGCUUUCCUUUGCUAUGGAGAUGAACAUCCACUUAACAACACUGGGGAUUUAAACACUCCUGUUACACCUGAAACCACCAGCCCUACUUCAACUGGACCUCCGUCUACAGAAAUGUUUACCACAACACCUACCACCUCACCAACUACCACUACUAAUGGACAGUCCACCACCUCACCAAAUACCACUACUAAUGGACAGUCCACCACCUCACCAACUACCACUACUAAUGGACAGUCCACCACCUCACCAAAUACCACUACUAAUGGACAGUCCACCACCUCACCAAAUACCACUAGUAAGGGACAGUCCACCACCUCACCAACUACCACUAGUAAGGGACAGUCCACCACCUCACCAACUACCACUAGUAAGGGACAGUCCACCACCUCACCAACUACCACUACUAAUGGACAGUCCACCACCUCACCAACUACCACUAGUAAGGGACAGUCCACCACCUCACCAACUACCACUAGUAAGGGACAGUCCACCACCUCACCAACUACCACUACUAAUGGACAGUCCACCACCUCACCAACUACCACUAGUAAGGGACAGUCCACCACCUCACCAACUACCACUAGUAAGGGACAGUCCACCACCUCACCAACUACCACUAGUAAGGGACAGUCCACCACCUCACCAACUACCACUACUAAUGGACAGUCCACCACCUCACCAACUACCACUACUAAUGGACAGUCCACCACCUCACCAAAUACCACUACUAAUGGACAGUCCACCACCUCACCAACUACCACUAGUAAGGGACAGUCCACCACCUCACCAACUACCACUAGUAAGGGACAGUCCACCACCUCACCAACUACCACUACUAAUGGACAGUCCACCACCUCACCAACUACCACUAGUAAGGGACAGUCCACCACCUCACCAACUACCACUAGUAAGGGACAGUCCACCACCUCACCAAAUACCACUACUAAUGGACAGUCCACCACCUCACCAACUACCACUAGUAAGGGACAGUCCACCACCUCACCAACUACCACUAGUAAGGGACAGUCCACCACCUCACCAACUACCACUAGUAAGGGACAGUCCACCACCUCACCAACUACCACUAGUAAGGGACAGUCCACCACCUCACCAACUACCACUAGUAAGGGACAGUCCACCACCUCACCAACUACCACUAGUAAGGGACAGUCCACCACCUCACCAACUACCACUAGUAAGGGACAGUCCACCACCUCACCAACUACCACUAGUAAGGGACAGUCCACCACCUCACCAACUACCACUAGUAAGGGACAGUCCACCACCUCACCAAAUACCACUACUAAUGGACAGUCCACCACCUCACCAACUACCACUAGUAAGGGACAGUCCACCACCUCACCAACUACCACUAGUAAGGGACAGUCCACCACCUCACCAACUACCACUACUAAUGGACAGUCCACCACCUCACCAACUACCACUAGUAAGGGACAGUCCACCACCUCACCAACUAUCACUAUUAAUGGACAGUCCACCACCUCACCAACUACCACUACUGACAGACAAUCCACCACACUACCAACCUCAACUUCCAGUGGACAACUGACCUCAUCAGGUUUCACCUCCCCAAACAGUCAGCCAACAUCCUCCCCCAGUAGUACAACUUCUCCACUCCAUCCUAAUUACCUGCACUUCUUCAAUGAGUCCAAGAGCUGGAUCAAUUCCCUGAAGUUCUGUAAAAGUCGUGGCUCCAAGUCUAACCUGGUGCAAAUCACCAACCAGACUGUGCAUGCUGACGUGACCCAGCUCCUGGCCAACGUGGAGCUGCAAUGUGGGGAAGUGUGGAUUGGUCUGGAGAGGUCCAUCUUUGAGUGGAACGCCCCCUGGCUGUGGACCGGUAGUGAUGUUGAUAAGGUGGUGAAGUACAGUGAGUGGCACAGCUGCUUCCCCCUCAACCCCAUCAAUUACCACUGUGGUAAGAUGGUCCGGGUUGGUAACGGAGAACUGAAGUGGCUGGAUGCUUCCUGUCAUCAGGAAUUACCCUUCAUCUGUCAAGGUGUGUUGCUCAACUUUUAAGCUCCUAUUUUGGGGCUUGUUCAGAGGGUUGGAACACUCAGAAUGUUGCAGAUAGACCAAUGUUACAUAGAACUGUCAUGGUUUACUGCGGAAUAGAGAUUUACUGCCUUGACUCUCAUGUCAGCUCUAUGGAAUGUUUUACUUUAUGCAAUGCUUUGAUUAUACCUCCCUAUUGAAUAAGGCUCAACCUACAUCCCAGAAACCCCCUCUCUACAGUCGGCUACUAUCUGAAUUGCUCUUUUCUGCCUUUUACUGUAGCCAAUAGUAUACUGUAGUUUAAUAGUCUUGAAUAAGCAAAAACAAAAUAGCAAGGUCUAGUCAUUAAAGAUACAUCAAUGUCCUCUUAUCCUGUAUGUGAUGUUUGAACAGAUCUCCACUAGAGGGCUCUACAUGGCAGACUGGACAGUCUGCAGACACUCAGGGUCUGGAAAGGGCCUGCAUUUCAAUUCAUUGUAUUAUUAAACCACUAUUACUAUGAUUAGAAUUAUUAUAAUUAUUAUUACUAUUUUUACUUAUCAUUUUUACUAUUACAUUAUAUUACUUAAUGAUACUGUAUGUUUACUCAUAACCAUGGCUAUGACUGUUAUUAAGUGUACUAAUUUGAUUGUUUAAAAGUAGAGUAGAUAAAAGUAAAGAAAAUAUUAUUAAAAUUAAAAUGUAGUAUUUAGCUUGUGUGUGAUCACUGUAUCCUAUUGUUGGAGACAGCUACAUAGUUAUAAUGACAAUAUUGGUAUUUUUUCAUGUAUGCAUUUCAUGCUAUAACUGUGACUUCUGUGAAAUUGACACGGCUGCACUGAUGGCCAUAUUGAUGCAACAAGGUGCCAUAAACUCAAAUCAACUGAACCAUUGAGCUUUGCAAAAACAUGCAUUGGAGACAUAAUCCCAUUUUCAUAAAAAUACAAAUAAAUGAUAAGGUUUACAUAG